UAUACCAAUUGUCACAAGAUGUCGCUGCCCACUUAAAAGUGAAAUGCUCUUUUGAGACAAAGGGCCCCUCCCAGCUGAAUAGUACGAACAGACAACAUCAGACAACAGGAUGGAUAUAAUGGUUUAGUUAUAAGGGUUCCCCCCAGCAUUUAAUUCCAACAUUUCAGAGGGGAUCGAAUUUUUAGGAACAGGAAUGAAACUUACUGCUGUUACGGUCAUCUUGCUCCGAUGCUGUUUGGCGAGGAGGCGACAGCUGCAGCUGAUUUUUCUCUGCAUGGCUUGGAAGAUGGGGAACAACCAGCUCCAUUAUUCCGUGCCAGAGGAAUCCCAGCAUGGUACAUUUGUGGGCCCCAUCGCCCAGGAUCUGGGACUGGAGGUGAGUGAGCUGGUGCCUCGGAUGUUCCGGAUGGAAUCUCACGGUGGUGGGGACUAUUUAGAGGUUAAUAUCCAGAAUGGGAUUUUGUUUGUUAAUUCCAGGAUAGACAGGGAGGAGCUGUGUGUCCAAAGUCCUAUUUGUGCCAUUCACCUGGAGGUGAUUGUGGAUAAGCCUUUGAAGGUCUUUCACGUAGAGGUGGAGAUCAAGGACAUAAAUGAUAAUGCUCCCACUUUCCCUCAAAAGGAACAGAAAGUCUUUGUGUCUGAAAUAAGAACACCUGGUUCAUUUUUCCCUCUGGAAAGAGCAUCCGAUGCGGAUAUUGGUCCAAACUCUCUCCUUUCUUAUACACUCAGCCCUAAUGACUGCUUUACGCUUGAUAUUCAGAGGAAACAUGAUGAAAGCCAAUUAUUAGGACUCUUUUUAAAAACCUCUCUAGAUAGGGAGGUCAAGACUGUGCAUCGUUUGCUACUUACAGCCACUGAUGGAGGCAAACCGGAGCUCAGUGGCACUGUUCAGCUGGCGAUAGUCGUGCUCGAUGAGAAUGACAAUGCACCGGCCUUUAACCAAUCUGUUUACAAAGUGCAAAUGACCGAGGAUGUUCCAAGUGGGUCAUUAGUGGUUAAAUUAAAUGCCACAGACCCAGAUGAAGGAACAAACAGGGAUAUCACAUAUUCGUUUCAGACUCAGGCACCUGCUAGUUUAAAAAAUAUAUUUACUUUAGAUUCUGGCAGUGGAGAAAUAAGAACAAAAGGAAAAUUAGAUUUUGAGGAGAAUCAUCAAUAUGAAAUUCGGGUCCAAGCGAGUGAUAAAGGGAGCCACCCAAUGACAGGGUACUGCAAGGUUGUGAUUGAAGUACUGGAUGUCAAUGACAAUGCCCCUGUGAUGUCACUGAAGUCUCUAACAGUGCCAGUGCCAGAGGAUUCCCCUCCAGGGAUAGUGGUUGCCCUGAUCAGUGUCUCAGAUAGGGAUUCUGGGGCCAACGGGCAGGUGAUCUGUUCCCUGCAGCCUCCAGGGCUUCCCUUCAAGCUGGUGUCCACCUUCAGGAGUUACUACUCAAUGGUAGUUGCGGAACCCCUGGAUCGGGAGCAGGUGGCAGAAUACAGGAUGGUCGUGUUGGCUCGAGAUGAAGGGACUCCCCCACUUUCAGCCAGUAGCAGCCUGGUAGUGCCCAUUGGUGAUGUGAAUGACAAUGCGCCCACCUUUGCACAGACCUCUUACACAGUCUUUGUGAAAGAGAACAAUCCUCCUGGUGCUCACUUCUUCACAGUGUCUGCUUCAGACCCAGAUGUGGCCGAGAACGCCUUGGUCAGCUACUGGCUGGAUGAGAAGCUGUGGCCGCUGUCGAGCUACAUCUCGGUGCAUUCGGAGAGUGGGAAGCUGUAUGCCCUGCAGCCCUUGGAUUACGAGGAGCUGAAGCUGCUGGAGUUCCAGGUGAGGGCCAAGGAUGCUGGGCUGCCCUCCUUGUGUGGCAACGUGACCAUCCAAGUCUUUGUGUUGGACGAGAAUGACAACGCGCCUGCAGUGUCUGGCCUAGCAGAGGAUACUCCCCUUCAAGUGAAGGUCCCAGUGGCAGGUGGACAUGUGGUGGGCAAGAUUCAUGCUGUGGAUGCAGACUCAGGUUAUAAUGCAUGGCUACGCUAUGAACUUCAUGAUGCAACCAGUGGCCUGUGGCAAGUGGGACUUCACAGCGGUGAAAUCAGUACCACACGUUUCCUUGAUGAGGCAGAAGGUGACUUUAUCCACCAGAACCUGCUGGUGAUAGUGAAGGACCAUGGGAAGCCAGUGCUGUCAGCUACAGCUACCCUAAGUGUGUCACUGGUGAUGGGUACCCAAACUAUGCAUAGUGAUGCUCAUCUUCUCAGCAUGGGAGGGAGCCCAAAGUCGCUGGUGAACAAUGACAACAUCUACCUCAUCAUUGCCAUCUGCUCAGUAUCUAGCUUGUUCCUUUUGGUGGUCAUAGUAUAUUUGGUCCUGAGAUGCCAGUAUCAGCUGAAGGAAACAAUGACAUAUGGCCCUGGCACAGCCACACUAGUCCGUGCCAGUGAAGUGGGCAGCUGGUCGUAUUCCAAUCGCCACAGUCACAUCUUGGCAGCUGUGAAUGGGGAACCUGGAGCCAAGACAGACCUCAUGGUUUUCACCCCCAACAUUCCUCCUCUUCCAGGAAGUGAGAAACAGGAGCAAAUUCUUUAUGAUUCAUUGUCACUACAGAGGUGGUGUACAAGGAAUUGUGAAAAGAUCCAUAAAACUAAAAAAUGAAGAACAUCCAUGCUAUGCAAAACAUGAGUCAAAGAACUAGAAAGCUUCCUGAGGAGUUCCUUUCUCCACAAAGAUUUCUGAGAUGAUUGAUUUUUAUGAGCGAUAUAAACUAGUUCACUUAAAGGAAAACUGGGACACCCAUCCAGGUGAAAGAAAGAUAACUUUUUCUGCACUUAACAUGGUCAGUCGCAUGGUGUUGCUAUUGCCUAAAUAAUCUCCUUGGAAACUAAAAUACUUCUCUGCAUCUUUUUAAAAAAUCAGGAGAAACCCAAUUGUGAUUCUGUUCUUGAUGCAACUGUCUGACCACCAAUGGUUUCCUGAGCCACCCAUAUUAGCAUUAUUUGCUACAAACAGUUUGGAAGCAUCCUAACCAUAUCUGUAUGGUUAUUAUGUGGUCAAAUUCCUUGGAGAGGAGGUGGCUGCUGCAGCUGGUUCUCCUGCACACAGCCCUGGAAACAGGGAAUAGGCAACUCCAUUACUCUGUGCUGGAGGAAUUUCAUUAUGGCACUUUUGUGGGUCACAUUGCCCAGGACCUUGGGCUGAAGGUGAGUGAUCUUGUGCCUCGGAUGUUCCGACUGGAAUCCCAGGGCUGUGAGGACUAUUUUGAGGUAAAUGUGCAGAAUAGUGUUUUGUUUGUAAAUUCUCGAAUAGAUAGGGAGGCAUUUCCAACAUCUAUUUGAUAUACUUUUAUACAUUGUUGCCAUUUUUUGGUGUCAGUUACCAUCUAUGCAUCAUUUUAUAAUAAUUUUCUUUCAGAUUAUAACAUGCUGUGAACUUCAAAUCACUUUUCCAUAAUCUGGCUCACUGUUCCUCAUUUAUAUUCCUAUCAAUAUUUCUGACCCAUUGAAUCAUUACAGAUUUUACAACCUCAUCUUCUGUAUCCCAUUUCAGUAAUAUCUUAUACAUUUUGGUAAUCAAUUUCUCAUCAUUUGUACAUACCUUACUUUCAAAUUCUGUCCAUUUGUGUACCAAAACCCAUAUUCUUUUGGCCAGUUCUAAACAUCUCCCAUGAUUGAUAAGAAUGAAAUCAGUUUUUAACAGUAUCUUUUAUCUCCUCCAUAGGUUACAUUCCCAUUUAUAAUUCCUAAAGUUCAGCAAUUCUCUAUGCAUGGGUCUUUCUCCUGCAUAUUCACUUCUUUCCUAGAACAAGCUUCAACUGAGGACAACCAUAAUGGUAUUGCACUAGCUAUAAACUUUUUAUAUUUCAAUAUAUUUAUAUGAAAUGGUAAAAGAGGAAAUGAUUCAAUGGGCCAAAGGUAUAAGACGACCUAUACUAUUAGAAGAAUGGGAAAUAUGUUGGAAAAUAUGUUCAUUAAAAUGUUUCAUAGAUGGUAUUACACUCCAGUCAAGUUAGCCAAAUUUAAUAAAAUACAAGAAAAUAAAUGCUGGAAAUGUAAAAAGAAAGUAGACUGUUUUAUUCACAUGUGGUGGGAAUGUUACAAAAUACAAUCCUUUUAAGAAUGUCACAAAAUACAAUCCUUUUGGAAUAAUAUCCUUAUUGUAAUGGAUAAAAUAUUCAAAACAAAAAUCAAAAGAUGUUCAGAAACUAUUCUCCUAGAAAUGUCUGCAAAUAAAGUGGUUAAUAAAAACAUCAAUUUAUUCCUUUAUUUAAUAACGAUUGCCAAAAUAGAGAUUGUGAAAGUGUGGAAAACAAAAGAAAACUGGGAAAAGAAAAUAACGUCUAUAAUGUCAAUUGACAAAUUAACUUGGAAACUGAGAAUCAAUCCAGAGAAUUUUAAUAAAACUUGGAACAUAACAUAUCUGAAUAACUAAUAUGUUAGAACAUAGUUCUGUAAUAUAAUGUACACACUUUAAUUUAAUUAAUACUACAUUUAAAUCAUAAACAAGAUAUUAGAUAUGUUAUUUGUCAUAAUGAUUUAUUUGAUUAGUUAUUUAAUAAUACAUGAAUGGCUAAUGAUAACCUGAAGUUGUAGUUAAUGAACAUUUGGAUUUUUUAUUUUGAUAUAAUAAAAUAUUACAUUUUAAAUUUAAGCUAAUGAACAAGCUGCAUUUUUAUAUAAGAAAUUAGAUAUUUCUUGUCAAUUAAUAAUCUGAUUAAAUAUUUUUCACAUUUAAUGUACAUAACAUUUACAAUCAAAUCUAAUGUUUACGAAUACUUUUCAUAUCUAUGUAAAUAACUGUUACUCUUUUUCCUUCUUAUUCUUUCAUGUUGAUACUCAAAAAUUAACAAAAUGUAUACAAUGUUGUAUUGAAUUUAA